AUGGAAGCCGAGGAUGUGCUUGACCUACCAGCUUCAAGCAAUUCUGGUUUGGAAGUACAGAAAGAAGGCCUUGAAUCUGGGAAAGGGUCACCUGAGGCUAAUCAUUUAGCUGGUAAUGAGGAGAACAUGAUAAGAAAUUUAGAUAUGGAGAAAGAUUUGGAUCUAGGGGAUAUAGUCACGGAGCAGGUUAGUGACGUUAUCAGUGCGAGUGUUGAAAGUGUGGCGGUAGAUGAGAAAGUGUGUAUCCAAAAGGAGACGCUGAUUCACAGCACUACUUUGGAUGUUAGCUCUAAAUCUGGUGUGAAAAGACCCCGGACCAUGUCUGACGAACAGCAGCCUACAGUACAUGUUACUUAUAAGCACUUAACAAGAGCAAGUAAGAAGAAGCUGGAAAGUUUGUUACAGCAAUGGUCAGAAUGGGAGGCGGAAUGUACUUCACUGGCUCAGGAUCAAGAACAACCUUUAGAAUCUGGUGAGGAGACUUAUUUUCCAGCCUUACGUGUUGGAUUGCAGAAGACUUCGUCUGUGUCAUUCUGGAUCGACAACCAAACUGGUCCUAAGCCGUUGGAAGAGUUUGUUCUAGUGGAAAGUAGCACCACUCCUCUUUAUGACCGUAAAUUCUCAAUCGGUUUGAAUUCAGCAGAUGGAUCAAACAACUUGGAAGGAGGGUUAGAGAUUGUUGAUGAUCCUCCACGAUGCUUCAACUGUGGCGGUUAUAGUCAUUCAUUGAGAGAAUGUCCAAAGCCUUUUGAUCGAUCAGCGGUUAAUAGUGCUCGGAAACUUCAGAAAUCCAAACGAAAUCAGAAUAGUGGACCUCGUCUUCCAUCACGAUACUAUCAAACACCUCAAACCGGAAAGUAUGAUGGCUUGAAACCCGGUACACUUGAUGCAGAGACACGCCAGCUUCUGAAUCUUGGGGAACUAGACCCUCCUCCAUGGCUUAACAGAAUGCGAGAGAUCGGAUAUCCUCCUGGAUACUUAGCUCGAGAAGAUGAUCAUUUGUCUGGAAUCACUAUAUUUGGAGAAGAGAAGGAGGAGACUCUGGAGGAGAUGGAGAGUGAGGACGGAGAAAUCUUGGAGAAGGCAAGCCCUCCAGAGCCACAAAUGAAGAUGACGGUCGAGUUCCCGGGAGUAAACGCUCCGUUACCGGAAAACGCAGAUGAGUGGGUUUGGGAAGCUGAUCCUUCGUAUAGGACCAGCAGAAGCAACAGCCGGUGGCAGCAAAGAAAUAGCAGAGGACAUGAUUACAGAGACGAUGGUCCGCUUGGUGUUGAAUCGUCUAGUUAUCCUCCAAGGUAUGGCAGUAGAAAUGAUUAUAGAUCAAGAUCAAGAAGUCCAGGCAUGGAAAGAUCGCUAGCAGAGAGAAGUAAGAGGGAUUAUACUUCUUAUGAUCCUGAUUUUAGGGACAGAGACAGAAACAGAGAUAGGAACAGAGACUGGGAUAGGGAUAGGGACAGAGACAGAGGUAGGGACCGAGACUGGGACCGGGACAGGGACUUGGACAGGGAUGAUCGUGACUGGUCUUAUAGAUUAAGCAGCAGAAGAUGA